UCCGACAUGUUCGUGAUGUAACUCAACUUACUAUAUAAGCAACGUUAGACAGCCAUUUCUCUCCACAACACCACAAAAUACUCUUUCAUCGAAGCAUUCUUUCUCCAUGGCGUGGGUAUUGGCAUUGAUGCUUUUAUUUGGAACAAAUGGAGCACACGCAACAGUGUUCACGAUCGUCAAUAAUUGUGCAUACACCGUUUGGCCCGGAACAUUAUCGGGCAAUGGAGGCACUGUGUUGGGCGAUGGAGGCUUUGCUCUACCGCCUGGGAAAUCGAUGCCCUUCACCACUUCUGCCGGCUGGUCGGGCCGCAUAUGGGGGCGGACGGACUGUAAAUUCGAUAAAACAGGUAAAGGGUCCUGCAUCACUGGGGAUUGCGGGAACUCUUUGAAGUGCAAUUCAGGCGGAGUUGCUCCUGCAAGUCUGGCAGAGUUCACACUGGGCGACAAGGAUUUCUACGACGUGAGCCUGGUAGAUGGAUACAACCUUCCGCUCACAGUCACCCCCGUGGGAGGCACCGGCGGCUGCAAAACGGCAGGGUGCGUAACCGAUCUGAGGACCAGCUGUCCUUCUGAACUCAGUGUUAAAAACGAUGGGCAGGUGACUGCAUGUAAGAGCGCUUGUCUUGCUUUCGGGACGCCCGAAUAUUGUUGCACGGGUGAGCACUCGAAUCCACAGACGUGCUCACCCAGUAAGUAUUCCAAGGAGUUUAAGCAAGCUUGCCCUAACGCCUAUACCUAUGCUUUCGAUGAUCCCUCCAGUCUUUACACUUGUUCUGCCGCCAAUUAUACCAUUACUUUCUGCCCCACAAGUUACUAGAAUUCAAGAUAUUGAUAUAGCCUCUCUGCUAAUUCUUCUGUUGCUAGAUAUAUAUAGUGUUCAAUGUUAUGAUGUUUGAAUCAUAUGUAGCUACUAUCUUCCUUUAGUUUCUGAACCGAUAAACUGGAGUUUCUUCUUCUCAGAAUCUAUUCUGUGUGAGGGCGAGGAAGCCCUCAACUCAUUAGGACGCCCAAUAGUCGUCCACAUGCAUAUUAUAUUAUGAAAUAACGUGUUUAAUAUGUGUACCAGUUUUCUUAGCUAAGAAAAUAAUGUGCCGUCUACCAUCUUGUGAAAAUUA